UGAAGGCGCGAGCUUCACAAUGACGCGUGUAGUAAAACGGAGCUGUUCAUCUAAAGGCGUCUGUCUUUCACCACAUAAGAGGGAGGAAACAUAUCUGAAGGCUACCACAAGCAGUCCGGACAGAUGUCUCGGCUCGGGCUGAGGUAAAGAUUGAUGGAUGUAGAUCUAAAUAGCUGUUGGAGGAAGUGGAUGCGAUGUUUCCUGAAGGCAACGUCUGGUCCACCUUCAUGUUUCUUCUACUCCUGAUCACCGGAGCACCCACAGAGAAGAUAUGCUCCGUGCACUCGAAGAACGAAGUCCACAUGGGCUCGAGCUUCCAGAUCUACUGCAUCUUCAAGAAGGAAUGCAACAGACUGAUAUACCAAGAUGAAGUGUCCUUAAAUUACAGCAGCUUGAACUCAACUGUGGUGAUUAUGAACAUCGUGAAUCUAACACGGACCACCACCUUCACGUGCAAAUGUCACAACGAGCGAGAACCCUGUGGCACUGACAUCGUUCCAGGGUAUCCCCCUGCAUUUCCACAGAACCUCACAUGCAUUCAGGAAGGAGAAUUUGGCAAAGUAAACUGCACAUGGAAAACAGGAUGGGAAACGCACAUCAAGACCACAUCACAUCUGUGGGUACAAGGAUCCCCUCCUGUACGUUAUGAAAGUGUCGCAGUCUGUGAUGGGACCCGUUCGGCCUUAUUUCCUGUCUCAGGCACACAAAGUGACUUCUCAGUCUGGGUCCAUGCGAAUAACAGCCUCGGCUCUGAGAACUCCACUGUCCUGAGCUUCAUGCUUAAUGACAUAGUGAAACCACUGAGCCCCAAAAUCAUCAAGGUGGAAUGCACUUCAAGACAAUGCCAGCUCUAUCACGACAAUGCACAGAACAUUCAGCUGGUCGAGAUCCGAUAUGAAGAAAAUCAGGAUAGCUGGAAAACUGUCUCAUUCAAUAACACACAUUCAACAACUAACUGGACUAUAACAUCACUGAACCCAUACGCCACAUACACAUUUGAGAUCAGAUGGAAGCUUGGCCCAACGAGAGGUCUGUGGAGUGAGUGGACCUGGAUCGAAGGCACAACUGAUGAAGAAGCUCCUCUGACGAUGCUUGAUGCGUGGUAUAUCGAAGAACCCACACAAACAGUCAGCAAAUCGUUCCAGUUAUUUUGGAAGGAUCUGAACAAAUCAGAAGCCAGAGGAAAGAUUCUGCAGUAUCUCGUGACAGUGAUUGAACAGGGAAUCAGCAACAGGACGACUCUCGGAAACACAAUAAACGUGUCCUGUUUUCUCUGCAAUGUGUUCAUUUCUGCCAAGAACUCAAAAGGCCUGUCUCCUGCCCGACUCAUUCAGCUGCACCCUAUAGAUCUUCUUCCAUCCAAGGUGUCACACAAUCGGGUGAAUAAUCACAGUGUUGCCCUCUCCUGGCCGAGGCCUGUUAGUGCAGACCCGGUCACAGAGGUCUUAGUAGAGUGGUUUCCUGUGGGACGGAAAAAUCCACCUCAGUGGAUCAGAGUGGAACGGCAUCUGAACACAACACAUAUUACUGGUUUGCAGCCUACAGAGUGCUAUGAAGGUGCAGUGGUCUAUCUGCACUCAUCCAAGACAAAAAAAGUCAUCUUCAACAAGAUCUCUACCUGGGAGACAGCUCCACGAAAGAGUCCUGAGCCAAUCAUUGCUGUGAAUAGUGAAAGCGUGGAGGUGAAAUGGAAAGGGCUCCGACCGAAGGAGAGAGGAGGCUGUCUGGAAUGCUACACCAUCUACCUUAAGGAUUCAGAGAACAAAAUUCAGAAAUACAGUGUUCAACACCCUCAGAGAGAGUUUACCAUCAGAGGCUUGAUGCCAGGACAGAAGUACAGACUGUGGGUCACAGCCUGGACUACAGCAGGAGAAAGUCCUGUACAAAAUGAGCGCACAUUCAAAACAAACUCCAGAGAUGAGAACUCCCUGGCUCUGCUCAUCUCAGUGGGAACUACUGUUUUCCUCACCUGUCUGUGCCUCCUGUGUUUAUGUCAGUUCUCUUCAGUACACAGAAGAUUAUCUGGAUGUUGUCACUGCCUAAUGCCGAGCAUCGUCCCAGAUCCUGCAAACAGCAAAUGGGCAAAAGAGUGCGCAAGUGAGAAGGGUGAGAUGCAGGUGCAGCUACACCUCAGCGACUACAGCAUGAGUGAGGAGGAGCCGAGUACGCUGGAGGUGGAGGAAUUUCCCCAAGAGAAAUUACUUGAAGACAAGACAGUUUCCACUGAGGAAACACUACAGCAGGCCGAAUCACAACCGUAUCAGCAUAACAUCACCAGCUCGUACCUCAAAAGCUUCUCUAAUGAGUCAAGCGGCUCAGAUGCCACCCAGGCCUCCAGGAGCACAGAGAUUACCAUGGAAUACAGCUCUACUCAUGAAGUGUUGAGUGGAGGAGUGGAGGAGGAGGAGGAUUACGAUGAUGAUGAGGAGAACAAUGUGUUUGACUUCUUCCCCUGCCCCAAGAGCCCCUUCCUGGAACCGCUCAUAUCCAUUGGAGGAAAAUUGACUCUGGACUCCGUGAAAAUAGACUGCAGUGAUUUCUUAGACUGUGCAUGAACCUCUGCAAUGCGCAGAGCUGUGUUAAUGAAUGUUACAAAAAGUGUUAUGAUGCACAGAGCCAUCCUGACAAUCUUUGCUUUAAAGCAAAGUGCCCUUUCGAAGCAAUUAACACGAACACCUGAUCAGUACGUUCAUGUUAAUUAUGAAACGUCACUCAGUUAUACAAAUGGGCGGCACGGUGAUGCAGUAGUUAGCACUGCUCACAGCAAGAAGAUGUUGGGUUUGAACCUCACAGCCGAUGGGGGCCUUUCUGUGUGGAGUUUGCAUGUUCUCCCCAUGUCUGCUGGUCCCAAGCCCGGAUACACUGAGGAGGUUUGUGUCAGGAAGGGCAUCUGGUGUUCAAAAUCUGCGCCAAAUCAAAUAUGCAGAUCGUGAUGAUCUGCUGUGGCUCCCCCUAAUGAGAGCAGCUGAAAGAACAUUAUACAGUGGUGCUUGAAAGUUUGUGAACCCUUUAGAAUUGUCUAUGU